GGACGUAAACAUUUAUUGCUCCGUUUAGCAGUGGUGAUUCAUUUUUUAUUCAGUGAAAGAUACAGUUCAGAGCACAGGUCUGAGAAAAUUGAAAGCCAAAGCCAUCAUCGGACGCCAUCUUCGCCAAACGCCGCCGCCCGUUCUGCAUCGACGAAGCUCGCUCAUUUUCGACGUAAUCACAUUCUACGAAACCGACGUAUAUCAGCGCAACGUCGACAACUACGCAAGGCACGCCACGCACACUCGUCGAUUGAAAAGUUUGAACAGUAAAAAUGAGCGAAGACAAGGGCACUAGGGUCUACGUCGGCAACCUCACCGAAAAAGUGCAGAAGGAAGAUCUCGAGGGAGAAUUCACCAAGUACGGUAAAUUGAACUCUGUUUGGGUAGCUUUCAAUCCCCCAGGUUUUGCGUUCAUUGAAUUCGAAAACAAAGAGGAAGCCGAGUCGGCAUGCGACAACUUGAACGGCCAGGAUAUCCUCGGUUCCAAGCUACGUGUGGAGAUCUCCAAGGGCCGUCGUAAUUCCCGUGGAGGCUCACGUGGUUUCCGUGGUCCACCAGACCGUUCAGGCAGUAGCGGCGGUUUCCGUUCCAGCUCUCGUGGUGGCUUCCGCGACGGAGGUGGCUACCGUAAUGGAGGUAGCAGUGGAGGAUUCCGUGGUGCAAGCCGUAGCGGAAGCCGGUUCGAUAGCUACGGAAGCACUCGCUCCAGCGGUGGAUCUGGUGGCUACAGUCGUGAUUCGGGUCGCGAUAGCUACAGCAGUGGUGGCUUCGGAAGCAGCUAUGGUGGCGGUCGAAGCAGCGGCGGCGGCGGUGGACGAUUCCGAUCAAGGUCACCGGUUGGCGCCCGUGGUAGAUACUAAGUGUGUAGCAUUUAUGCUGAUUGAGCUGCUGUAUCUCGUUUUAUGCGGCGUAGUAUUUCCACCUAAAAUAAAACGUCAUAUACUACUUUAAACAUAGAUGCAGUUGUUCAUGCGCGACCUUAUUUAUUUUACUGGCAACGAUUUCCUGUUUUCGUUCACUCGAUGGCGAUAGAGAAUGGCAUUUGAAAAUAUCUCGUAAAAAAGUUAUAGUAUCAAUUCCAUAGCAAAAAUGUAUAGUGAGUCUCGGAAUUUCGUGAAAAUUGGUAUAGUUCUUCCUUAUCAAAAAUUAUUAGACUCGUAUUUUUUAUGCCACCAUUAGGGUGACCAUUUCCAUGUAAAAAGGAAUAAAUAAAAAGAUGUUUUGGACCACACUAACUCGGAAAUGAUCACCCUAAUGGCGGAAUAAACAAAUACGAGUCUAUAAUUGUUUGAUAAGAUAAAACUCGAGGUAGAACUAUAUCAAUUUUCACGAAAUUCUGAGCCGCAUUAUAACUUUUUUCUAUUAAAUUGCUGAUAGAUAAGUUAGACCCCACAGAAAGAUCCCCAUUCAAAUGCUCCUAGGACAAUUGUUUAGACGAUGCCACUAAUGUAAUUUUUGGAAGGGAGCAUAUUUUGAGAUUCGCCAAAAAGGAAACUGUUUUGUACUGUUUUAUAUGUGUUUUAAUAUAUAAAAUAGCUGAAGCAAACCUUAACAAAACCUGAACGACAAAAAUGUCCACAUGACUAAAUCGUUCGCACUAAACUGAAUUCAUUAACUUUUGUGUUAAUCCAAAACGUGUAUAAAUCGGCAAAUAAAACAUAAAUGAAAACUACAUGAUUUAAAAAAGAAAUGGAUGGAAACAAGUGAAACGACGCCAAAUUUACUCCUGUUCGAAAUUGAAGUCCAAACAAGUGGUGCAAUAUCUUCUGAAGGAGAGAAACUUUAGAACGCGAUUAUCGCGAUAACAGUUGGAGAAACCCGUUGUAUCUUCGUCCAAUGCCUGAAUAAGCAGAUAGACAGACACACACACACACAUAAUGCAUGGUUGUUUUUACUGUGCAACACCACACACCUUUCCUGACACAUGAAAAUGAGUACAUUUAUCUGAGUUAUUUUAAGAGAAUAGAUGAAAAAUAAAUCCAUAUAAUCACUUAA